AUGGCAACUAAAACACUUGCAACCAGCACUAAACUGGCUAAUUUACAGCAACUUAAAAAAGAUCGUAUCGCUAAAAUUGAAAAACAAUUAGAAGCUCAACAAUCUCAGUUACUGCAAAAACGUAAAGAAGAAUUGUUUAAUAUCUUUAAAGCAUGUUCUUAUAUGCAGAAAUUCUUCAUAAUACUUGGAUUACUCAUAACCACCAUUGGACUUGCUUGGCCUCUUAUAUCACGGCUUAAACUUGGACGUCUACCAGGUGAAUUAUUCUUUCAAAAAGAAAAUGACUCUGAGUAUAAUCUAGAAAUGGAAUUACCAGGCAUUACACAAGAUAAUAUUGAUCUAAAAAUAGACAGUAAUAUCCUAACUAUUGAAGGUAAAAAAGAACAAUCUCCUGAAAAGAAAGAUCAUAAUUAUCAUAUGCAGGAACGAUAUUAUGGCUCUUUCUACCGUUCUAUUAGUUUACCAUCUAAUAUUGAUGAAGAACAUAUAGAAGCACAAUUUAAGGAUGGUAUCUUAUCUAUUAAAAUACCUAAAAAAGAACAAAGUAAAGCUAAAAAAAUUUAA